CGUUAGGCUACAUACGUAAUCUGGUGGGAGGGCCUCUCGCCCUGUUUCGCAUCUCAACUCUUCUCCUCGUCAACUGACUUGUCCUCUCAUUCUUUCCAAACUGCCCUUGCCCUCGGACUGACCUCAUUCCGUCUCGUUCGCUUCCUCGCAGUCUCUCUUGGCGCACUCACUCUCGCUCACGCAAAGGCCCAUCUGACGACGCCGCGCGUUACUGCUGCAAAGCCGAGCAAAUCACGUCGGAUCCAUCAUCCAAUUGCGGGACAAACACAAACAGAAUACCAGGAUCCAACUUUUCCAGUCGCCAGCCAGCCUCGUAACCAUUUUCACCGAGGCUGGACCCUCUCUUUCGCUCAAGGCGUCCUGGGGCAGUUGACGUCGCAACGCGCACUCAUUCGCUGUGUCAGCGGCCGGCUUAAUUUCCCUCUCGCCUUCGUUCUACAGCAUCGGCAUUCUCUAGUCGACGCGGUGCAGAGUCAUGGCCUCCAACCAAGACUACUACUACUCCUCUGGCGCUCAGCAGCAGCAGCCAGGGUCCCAUCUCCCACCGAUACGGUCGCCCUCGCCCGUGUCCCUGCUGGAUCCUCGCUACGCCAACUCACAAGCAGGCACGCCUGCGCCCUCCUACCACACGAACCCCUAUGCCGCGCCGCCCUCCACGCUCGGCUACAACAAGACUCCCUCGCCCGCACCGUACCCACCAGACCAGCCCUCGCGCACGGGGCCGUCGCCCUUCGAUACCGUUUUCGACGACAAUGUGUACCCGGUGAACUCGAGACACGACCCUGCCGCCGCGAGCAACAGCGACAUGUCGCAACCGGGCUACUACCAGCAGGAUACGGGCUACUAUGGCCAGGGACGCGGUGGCCCGAAUCACCCAGAGGAUAUUCCGCUCCAAGACCACCCGGGGGGCAAAUCAGGAGACCCUGAGAUGCUCAACGACCAUGUGUACGAUACGCCCGACGGCUCGGGGAGGCGCAAGAAGAGGAAGCAAAAGAUCGCGCUGGGCCAGCUGGGCAUGAUUGCAUCGGACAAGAAGCGCAUACCCUGGUGCGUCUACGUCUUCACCGUGGCCCAGAUCGCCGUCUUCAUUGGCGAGAUUGUGCAGAACGGCAUCCUCACAGGCUCGCCCAUUAUGAUCAAGCCGCAGUUCAACUACAUGAUCGGGCCGUCGACGCAGGUCAUGAUCAACAUGGGGGCUCGCUACGCCCCGUGCAUGCACAACGUGCCCCAGAUCCAGGGCUCCGACAUUGAGGUCAAGUUCCUGUGUCCCAACGCCACCAGCUGGGAUGAGACGUGCCCUCUGUCGACCCUCUGUGGCUUCGGCGGCGACGUGCCCGACCCCGUGUUUGACGGCAACGCGGACCAGACUCCGCAACCGAACCAGUGGUACCGCUUCAUCAUCCCCAUGUUCCUGCAUGCCGGCAUCAUCCACAUUGGGUUCAACAUGCUCCUGCAGCUGACCCUGGGACGGGAGAUGGAGCAAGUCAUCGGGUCCAUCCGGUUCUUCCUCGUCUAUGUGAGCUCUGGCAUCUUUGGCUUCGUCAUGGGCGGCAACUUUGCGCCGCCCGCGAUUGCCUCGACCGGUGCUUCGGGUUCCAUCUUUGGCAUCCUGGCGCUCAACCUGCUCGAUCUGCUGUACUCGUGGAGCGACCGCAAGAGCCCCGUCAAGGAUCUCCUGUUCAUCAUUGCCGACAUGAUCAUCUCCUUUGUCCUGGGUCUGCUGCCUGGCCUUGACAACUUCUCCCACAUUGGCGGUUUCCUGAUGGGUCUGGCCCUGGGCAUCUCGGUCCUCCACUCGCCCAACGCCCUGCGUCUGCGGAUCGGCCAGGACACGACGUACGCCCGGGUGACCGAGUCCGAGGCAGGCAUCCAGCCCUUCCUCAAGAACCCCACGGCCUUCUUCAAGGGUCGUAAGCCCCUGUGGUGGGCGUGGUGGUUGGUGCGCGUCGGCGCCCUGAUCCUGGUGGUGGUGGUCUUCAUCUUCCUCAUCACCAACUUUUACACCUCUGCGCACAGUUGCGACUGGUGCAAGUAUCUCAGCUGCAUUCCCGUCAACAACUGGUGUGAGCUUGGCACCAUUGAAUAGACAAACUGUCAUCUGUACAAUAGAAAACAAACUGCAACACUCGGUCAAUACAAGGACGGAGGCACUUUGGAGUAGACUUGUUUCCUCACAGCGUCGGCGUUCGGGACUUGGAGGCGGCAUGACUUGUGGCUUUACCCUCCCUUUUCCGUAUUGUUGGUCAUGGCAUUCGAGGUCAGGCAUAGCGGGGACCUGCCCAGAAGAGUCUGAUGAGAAAAAGAAAUAUUGCAUAGCAUCGCAAUACAGAAAUGAUCACGUCUUCUGCUCAUGAUAGACAAGAUGCUACUGUGUACUACACAGUGCGCUGUGUGAUUGAUUGCAGAUGAUCCUGAGUGAAGGCACUGUACCGGACUUGGCGCUGUUGCUCGUCGUCCCUAUUUCAGCGCGACCUGUUCCCACACAUAAUUUUCCCCCUCGCAAGCUUGUUGUCGAUGGACUCAACGCGGUC